AUCCCUCCAGACCCGAUGAACCUCCUUUGGCGAUCAGAUAACUGUUUCGAGAGUAAAACAGAGAGCCACUCGAAUCGAAAGCCGCAUAGUAAACUACGAGAUUCUUCGUACUUUCGUUCGGAAAACAACAUAUACACUUUUGAUGCAUCCAAAUCGGGCGACCGAGAUAAUAUGGAGGGAAAAGCUGGCGAUAAAGGAAGUCUCUCGAGCCCUCAAAAGAGGAUUGCAGCCCAUGAAAAUCUCAUCACCGCAAUCUCCCAUCACGAGUUGCUGAUUGGUUCUGCUGUGAAGUCUGACCUCGAGCAGGUUAGCGUCGCCCCUGUCCAGCGUCGACUACUCUCGCGGAAUCGUGUGAAGAAGGUCAUUCAGAAGUCUUCCCUGUCUUGUCCCAACAGCCCUUCCAAAAAUAAACCAUCCAAAGAUAUCGUGAUGGGGCGAGAAGAAGUCAUUUUGCUUGCUAAGCGGCAGUUGAAAGAGAUCGACUGGCUGAACCGCAGACAGCAGCGCGAGUUAAACGAUCUGCGCAUCACACUUGAAGAAGUAAGCUCUCUUCUGGGUGGAUCUAGCCCAUUUGACCGUUUGUGA